UUCCGUCUAAUCUAAUUUAGGUUCCGUCUAAUCUGAUUUUUCGUGGCCGUUGAUUAAAACAGCUUCUAAUUUUUAUUUUACUUCGAUAAGCAGAACCGUAUAGAACCGUAUAUGCGAGCGGUCGAUUUGUUUAACCCUAGCGGUCAAUAGGUCAAACAUCUCGUUUAAUGCCCAAAUUAGCAUCGCCGCCGCCACUAGCCUCCUCGUAGCACCGUCGCCACCUCUUCCGACGAGCACCGCCGCGGAGUGGUACUUCCCUUCGAAGGCGCGCCUCAUGAAGACCACCCCACGCCUCCCAGCAACCAUAGUCCUUCGAUCCCCUAGCACAGCCAGCUCCGAGGCCCCCUCCUCCUCAUGUGCGAGAUCACGGCCGAUGCCUAAACGAGGACUUCUCCUCCGCGACCAAGUCUGCUGCAUCAUCGCUCUCUUCACCAGCUGGAUCGGACCGCCAGCCACCACAGCGGAAUGGAAGUCAGCGGCCGCCGCCUUCCUCGCCCACGGGAUCGGACGCCACUCGUCAAGGAGGAUCAAAGGGGCCGGCGACGUGCUAGGCAAGCAAGAGCACAUGCCAACAACACGCUGGCCUAGCAGGAGCACAGCAGCAAGCGACGCACUGAGUGAUGGUUGGCCAACUGUGGCGUGUUGAUGAUGUAGGAGUGACCUUUUAAUUACGUGUGGUUAUGAAAUGCUUACUGGAUUGCUUUGUUCACUAGAGGUUUCUAUUCUUAAC